AAAGUGCGAUGGAAACAAAAAAAGAGGAGAAAAAAACCACAUUUUCGAUGGGAAAACAUUAAUAAAUUGUUGCAUUUGUUUGGAAAUAUUAAAAAAAUAAUAAUAAUAAAAAAAAACAAAUUUUAAAUUUAAAAAACAAAACUAAAAUUAUAAUCAUGAAAUGAAGUAACCCAUUUUCACACUUGACCAUCAUAAAUCUGCUUCACAAUCUUAAUUUCAAAAAAAUUCAGCUUUAUGAGUUUAAUUUUAAAAUUUAUACAUGAUUAUUAUAAUUAUACAUAUAUAUAUGUAUGUAUCUGAAGUGCUGUAAAGCUAUAACGAAAUUUUGAUGGUGUAGCUAGGUGUAACACACCUAAAUAUUUAAAAUUCAGUUUAUUUAAUGUCGAUAUUUAAUUAUUAUUCGAAUAUUUAAAUUACUUAGGCAGAAGAAAAACAGAAUACAAAAUUUGUACAUUUUAUAUUUCAGAUAUUUUUACUAUGGAAAAGGAAAUGCUUCCAUCAUGCAAAGUGCAACAAUGCCAAUUUUCAUUAAGUAAUCCAAAAACUCAAAAACUCGAUAAAACAAAUUUUUUGAGAAAGCGCAGAAUUUAAAAGAACAUUUGCAAAAUAUAAACAAAAGUCAUAAUUCCAGGGUAUUUCGCAUAAAGUGUAAGUAAUGUCAGGGAUGGUUUUUUCCAGCAAAAAAUUGUAUGUGGGGGACGGGGGGGGGGGGGCACGCAGAUAUUCCUAUAUUAAUGAUCUAAUGUAAAACUAUACAAAAUGUUUUUUGCUAUUGUUCGUUCGUUACCUACGCGCUGACCUUAAAUAAGUGAACAAAACAAAAAAAACGACGCGAAAAGAUAAACAUUUAAAAGCUUUUUCAUAUUAAUACGUCAUAAAUUAUUUAUAAUUGUAGUUGUAAUAUUUUUCUCCCCAUGACUAUUUAAAUUUAAUUUCAGAUUAGUUAGUUAGAAACUUCUGCAGCGAGCAAAUUAUAGUAAAGUUAUAAAUAAAAUUUAUUUUACAUACAUAAGUUACCUAUAUAUUAAUAACAAUUAUUAUAGGAGUAGAUCGUAUUUUUGUUAAAAAAAAUGGCGGAUUAUUUUCGAAAUCAUUCAAAAAUUGCAUUUAAAUUAUUCGUGGCGGCAUGUGAUGAAUUAUCAAGUAGAAAUAUUGUGAUUUCACCAUUGGCUUUACAAAUAUGUUUGGCUAGCAUUUAUAUAUCAUGUUCAGAAGAUUUGAAUUCCAAAGAAAUGUUGAAGUUAUUGCAACUUUCAAAAAAUACAAGUAUAAUUGAGUUAAAAGAUAUUUUUUCUGCUUUAUUUCAAUCAAAAUCGGAUUUUUUUACUUACCACAUUUUUAACAAAUUUUAUAUUCAAAAUGGUAAAAUUUUGAACAAUGAUUUCAUUAAAAAUUUUUUUCAUGAAAUCAAGAGUGAAGUAAAUAAUAUUGAUUUCAAUAACACUAAUAAACAAAAUAACGUUGAGAAAAUAAACAAGGAAUGUUGCAAAAAUACAAAUGAGAGAAUAAGCCAAAUAGUAACAGCAAAUGAUUUUGACGAAACAUUUAAUACAGUAAUGACAAUAAUAAAUGCUGCUAGUUUGAGUGCUUCAUGGGAUGCAUCAUUUUAUGGUGCAAGAAGCAAGGAAAAUUUUUUUAAUAAUAAUAACGAAAGUGUUGAAAUUGCGAUGAUGGAAAAUACGAUUCCACAUUUUAAAUACGGUGAAUUUGAUGAGCACAACAUAAAAAUAGCUGAAUUCAGAUAUGCUGGUUAUUACGAAAAUGAAUUAGCAAUGUUGGUGAUAUUACCUAUUGAAGAAAAUCAGAAUAUUAAUGAGUUAUUAAUUCAACUGACAGAAAUAGAUUUUUUUGAUAUUUGUAACAAACUGCAAGAAACCACAAUGUGGAUAAAAUUUCCGAAGUUCAAAAUGGAAUCCAAGUUAGAUAUUCUUAAACUUUUAAAAAAAAUUAAUGAAACAAGUUCAUUUAAUAACAUAAUUGAUUUUUCAAAUUUAAUAGAAAGGGAAACUAAAUUAAAAAUCAGUAAAAUUAUUCAUAAAGCUGAAGUUGAAUCAAAUGAAAUCGGAACAGAUGAUAGAGAUCUACCCAGACAUUUGGCUGUUUGUUCCGAAUCUCCAAAUCUUGUUCAGUAUUUUGUUAAUCGUCCUUUUAUUUAUGUGAUUAAAGACAAACAAGUGAUCUAUUUCAUUGGAAAAGUUAUUUCUUUCUCUUAAUUUUAAACAUAUGCAUGUAUGUAAAUAUCUUUCAUUAAGACAAUUAAAGGUUUAUACUUAAAAAAAUUCAAAUUAAAAUUGUUUUAGCUUGUGAAAAUUGCUUUAACUUGACAAAAAAUAAAUUUUUCAUUUCCACUUUAGCUGGGGAAACGUCAAAAUUAUUUGAAAGUAUUAGACUUUAAUCGUUCAAAAUUUUUGGCAUUAAUAUGCGAAAAUUAGGGUUUUAAAUAAAACGUUAUAUCAACAAAACUAAACAAUAAUAAAAAACCAAAAAAAUUAUAAAUUGGUAAUAGAAAAAAUAUUUUACUAAAUGAUUUGCCUUAUCCCCGAAUUCAGCAAAUUUUUUUAUUCAGUUUUGUUUUGGAAACAAUAUUUUACC